AUGCAAAUACAUUUUUAUUUCAUUCUAGAGGUUGACCUGAGUCGGCUAGAUGGAGAAUCAGUCUGCCCCAGCAUGAGGAAUGGACAAGAUGACCUUCCAGGUUUCGAUCUGAUCACUCAGUUCCAGCUGGAUGUCAUCCCGCUCAAAGGGGUGAGGAAAGUGGAGGGUUCGACGCCACUGCAGGUCGCCUACAGGCUUGACAAGGAGGCAAACUUCCAAAUUCCCACCAGGUUGAACUUCCCAGAUGGCUUUCCAGAGGAGUAUUCCUUCAUGGCAACAUUCCGGAUGGUCAAGAAUACGGUGAACAAGGUGUGGAACGUCUGGCAAGUGGUGGAUAAGGACGGUCGCAAGCAAGCUGGCCUCAGGCUCAAUGGUGACGAGCAGUCCCUUGAGUUCUUCCUCAUGGGGAUGGACGGCCAGCUACAGACGGUCACCUUUCCUGGACUGUCAGUGCUCUUCAACAGCAAGUGGCACAAAGUUAUGGUUGGGGUGGAGAGGGACCAAGUGACUCUCUACGUGGACUGCCAACCGGUCAACAGCAAGCCCAUCAAGGGAAAAGAUUUGAUCGACACAGAGGGAGACACACUCAUCGGGAGGCUAGAUGCAGAUCCCAACACUUCUGUGGUGUUCGAACUCCAGUGGAUGCUGAUUCAUUGUGACCCAAAGAGAGCUCAACGAGAGAGUUGUUCUGAGUUACCACAAGCAGAGAUGUUUCCGAAUGCUGAGCCCGACCCAAACCCAGUCCCGGGCCCUCCGGGCCCCCCAGGGCCUUCUGGACCACGUGGUUCACCGGGAGGGGAUGGAAGAGAUGGGCGAGAUGGUAUUCCAGGUCAACCCGGCCCUCCCGGUGCUCCAGGCAGCAAAGGGGAACCGGGGGAGAUCGGCCUGCCUGGACAGCGGGGCCUUCCCGGCCUCCCAGGAUCGCUCGGUCCAAUUGGGCCUAGAGGGCCUGUUGGUGAGAGAGGACUUCCUGGCUUUCCUGGACUCCCAGGACCGGCUUCUGUUGGGCCUCCCGGACCUCCAGGGAAACCCGGAGAGCCGGGAGAUUCCGGCAAUAUUGGACCAGAGGGCCCCCCCGGACCCGAGGGUGGCACUGGACUUCCGGGCCCCCCCGGUCCUCCAGGACCUCCAGGUCCUGCGGGCCAACCUGGGGCUGCCGUACCUGAGGCCAGUGGGGACUUUUGUCCGGCGGCUUGUCCAGCGGGACCUCAGGGAGAUCCGGGAGUACCAGGAAUGAAGGGUCACAAAGGUAGCCAUGGUGAACCUGGAAGACCAGGUACUCCCGGACAAAAGGGCGAACCAGGGCCUUCAGGGGUUCAGGGUUUACCUGGGCGUACCGGAAGUGAGGGACAAAGGGGAUCAAAAGGACAUCCUGGCCCUGCCGGGGACAAAGGAGACAAGGGCCCGCCAGGUUUCAACGGGAUCCCUGGGCCCACUGGGCCGUCUGGUCCUCCGGGUGUGGAAGGCGUGCGAGGGAGGCAGGGCUUGGAAGGUCCUAAAGGGGAUGAAGGUCGGACUGGCCCUCGUGGGGAACCAGGGAUCCAAGGCGAGAAAGGAGAGAAGGGGGAAUCUGGGAAAGAUGGCAGUGAUGGAAAACCUGGACAAGAUGGGAACAAGGGAGAGCCUGGUUUGCCUGGAGGACUGGGAGUCCGGGGACUGGUUGGAAUCCCGGGGCUGCCAGGGAAACAAGGAGUAAUGGGCCCUACGGGGGAGAAGGGAGAGCAGGGGUCAGCAGGGUUCCCAGGGCAACCCGGAGUACCAGGCAAACCGGGAGCGGAUGGAGCCGUGGGCGAAGAUGGAUCACCAGGGGAAAAGGGAUCCAACGGUGAGCCUGGAAAGCAGGGACCUGUAGGUGCCACCGGCCUCACGGGACCUCAGGGUGAAAAGGGAAUUAAGGGAGACACGGGUCCUCGUGGAAUCAAAGGCCACACGGGGCAUAAAGGAGAUAUGGGCGCUACAGGUCCCGUUGGUCCAAAAGGAAUUGAGGGUGCCAGAGGAGCUGUUGGCGGCGUGGGGCCCAAAGGUGACACGGGUCCCCCUGGAAGUCCUGGGCUCAAAGGAGAGACUGGAGAUAAAGGAGAAAGGGGCUCAAAUGGCAAAGAUGGUCUCCCGGGUCGACCGGGGCACACGGGGAUGAGUGGCCCCUUGGGGCCUCGAGGCCUAGAAGGGGAGAGAGGCAUUCCUGGGGCCCCAGGACCACGUGGGCUCCCAGGUCCCAAAGCCAGCGAUCACAAAAUCCGCGAGAUCUGUAGCAGCAUCGUUGAAGAACAUUUGGCCGAAUUCAAAAAGGCAGCCCUGAAAAUGCCAGCAGCAAUUGGCACUCCUGGAAGUCCCGGGCUGAUGGGACCUCCUGGUCCUCCUGGACCAACUGGACCUUCUGGUGAGGCAGGAAUACCCGGACUAAGGGGCCCAAUGGGCCUGCAAGGGCCACAAGGUUUCCAUGGAGUACCUGGGGAGAAAGGUGAUACAGGAGCCAAAGGUGAGAAAGGAGAGACUGGAGAAGGAGCCAGAGGGAGUCCAGGCCUGCCAGGGCCCCCAGGUCAGGCUGGAGUUCCUGGCAUUGGGAAGAAUGGCCGGGAUGGCGUUCGUGGCGAGAGGGGGCCCCCAGGGGACCCAGGUAAUCCGGGCCCCAGGGGGCUGACAGGGCCACCUGGAAUUUGUGAUCCCUCAAACUGUUUCGGGAGGACACCGAUGAUGAUGCCUGUGAGUGGAAAGAAAUCCAUAAAUACAAAAGGCCCAUGAUAUCAAACGAGCCCCGAACGGCAUAGAAAAUGGGGGGGGGGGGGGAAUAAGCCACUCCACUUGGGGAUUAUCCGUGAUAAACUUGAAGAGACGUCAGAGGUCUCCCUUUUCAUCACACUUAAGCUAUUGACAUCUGCAAGCUCCUUUUCACUUCUGCUCCAAUGAUGCCUCAGUCAUGUGUACGACCAAAGCUCAAGCCGCCUGCAAAGCAAACCAAAACAUGAGGGGGACACGAUGCUCAUGAAAAACUGCCGUCCAAAACUGAGAGCAAGGAAAACCCAUUUUACAGGCUGUGCCCUGUUACGGAAAUGAGGGCCUAAUGACAUCACCGGCAGCAAUAGUGCGUGAGGUACAAAUUUGUACAAACCUGUACAAAUUAGGCACACGGGAAACAGACAGAGAA